AUGUCUUCAAUAAUGUCUAUUUCAAAUCCAUUCUUUGACUAUUCAACAACUACAUCAACAUCAACAAAUUCUUCCCAAAUUCCCCCUUUCCUUACCCCUCCACUUAGACGUGCAGCUGCUUUAAAUGAUGAAAAUAAAUUUAAAAAAGAAAAUUUAAAUUGUAGCAAUACAACUUUAAAACAAGAAAAUGAAGCCUUUGAAGGCCCUUGUUGUGUUGAAAAUCCGUUUAGUCAAGAUGAUGGGGGAGGAAGUGGAGGAGGACUUUUUGAUAGUCGUAUAAGCCAAUCUUCGUCUGCCGUUGUUGAUUCAAUGAUUUCUGAAGGUUUUCUAGUUUCCUCAACUUCAACAACAGUUCCUACAACAAAAAUGCUUCAAGAUUCCGGAUAUCGUUCAACAAUAUCAAAUUCCAAUUUUGAAGAGGAAAUGUUGGUUAUUGCUGAAAAAGAGAGGAAAGAAAGGAGAAGACAACGACGAAAAACAGGGUUUAUUUUUUAUUUAAAGGGUAAAGAGGGAUUUAAAAGGGGAAAAGAAAGGGAUGUUUUUUGGAAACAAAUUUGUGUUUAUAACCGUUUAAUGACCAAAAAAUUGACCUUAAAAUGGCGCAAAUCUAUUAAAAAGAACAAAAAAACGGAAAAAUAA